UCCACACUCCCAGAGUCUGAAGCUGUAUAACGGUCCUCUCUCCUCGUCUCCUCUACUGACCAGCAGCCAGCAAGCCAACAUGUAUUCACAGUACCGUUACAGCACUGGCCCUUCCAGCACCAGUGGCUCAAUCAUCACCAAGCGCCAUGUGGGCUACACCUCCAGUGCCCCCAAGGCUUUCAGCGUGGCAGGCAGCUCAGGCCCCCGCAUCGCCUCGGCCACCUCCAUUCGCACCUACUCCUCUGGUUAUGGUGGCGGCUAUGGGGCAGGCAGUGGUGGUUUUGAUCUGUCCAGUGCCCUGGAUCAGAACACCAUGCACCUGAAUGAGAAGGCCACCAUGCAGAACCUGAAUGACCGUCUGGCCUCCUACCUGGAGAAAGUUCGCUCCCUGGAGGCGGCCAACUCCAAGCUGGAGCUGCAGAUCAGAGAGUACUACGAGAAGAAGGGCCCUGCAGCAGAGAGGGACUACAGCAACUACUGGGCCAUUAUCAACGACCUGAAGGACAAGAUCAACGCUGCCACCAUCAACAACGCCAACAUCCUGCUCCAGAUUGACAACUCCAAAUUGGCCGCUGACGACUUCAAAACCAAAUUUGAGCAUGAGCUGAUGAUGCGCCAGUCAGUGGAGGCCGACAUCGCCAACCUGCGCCGCCUUCUGGACCAGACCACUCUGACCAAGGCCGACCUGGAGAUGCAGAUUGAGGGCCUGCAGGAUGAGCUGGCCUACCUCAAGAAGAAUCACGCAGAGGAACUUGCAGCCUUGCGUUCUCAGCUCACCGGCACAGUCAAUGUGGAGGUGGACGCCGCGCCACAACAGGACCUCAACAAGGUCCUGGAGGAGAUCCGCAGCCAGUACGAAUCUAUCACAGACAAACACCGUCGUGACCAGGAGGCAUGGUUUAAUGACAAGUCAGCAACACUGUCCAAGGAAGUGGCCAUCAGCACAGAGACAAUCCAGACGUCCAAGACAGAGAUCAACGACCUGCGGCGCACAAUGCAAGGCCUAGAAAUCGAGCUCCAGUCUCAGCUCAGUAUGAAAGGGGCUCUGGAGAACACGUUGGCGGAGACAGAGGCCCGGUAUAGUGCCAUGCUCGCUGGCUUCCAGAACCAGAUCAACAUGCUAGAGGGCGAGCUGGCCAAUGUGCGCGCCAGCAUCGAGCAGCAGGGCCAGGACUACAGGAUGCUGCUGGACAUCAAGACCAGACUGGAGCAGGAGAUUGCAACCUACAGGAGCCUUCUGGAGACAGAGGAAUCCAGGCCCAUUGGUUCAGGGGGCUCCAAGACCACAAUCACAACCACCACCGUGCGCAGCUCCAGCUAGGAGUGCAACUGGCAGGACACGCUGUUCUCAGACACACGAACACACACUCACACACACACACACAGCCUUACACCAGCCCAUAAACAUUUGAAGCUGUUGCACAAAAUGACGAAAACUGCUCUUGAAAUACCUGUGAAGAUACGUGUGUGGAGAUAUGUGCAAAAUUUAUGAAGCAGAAAAUGUGCAACUCAUCGGAAAAUGCUUGUCUCAGUGUGUAUGUGUGUGUGACUUGUCUGUGAAAAAUAAAUCUGCCGGUCAAACUA